GUGGCUCCAGGGGAUGAAUUUCAGCUCACACCAGCCUGAAUGAGAGCGAUCAGGGACAACAAUUGUAGCAGGACGGUACUUCUUAUAGCCUGCCAAGCCUUUGUGGGUAACAGUUUUUCUAAGGUAGACACUAUUCUAAUAUUAGCGCUAAAUGAGCAGCGUGGUUAUACUACCAGCCCAUAGUUGCUAUAAGUGUAACAAACCAGUUUGAUUUGUCAUUCAAUUGUUGUUGACAGGAAACCACUAGCAGCAGUCAACCGACAGCACCCAGAAGAAUGAAUGUUUCUUUUUCUACAUGCUCUAAGGAUUAAAACUUAUCAGGUCGAGCUUAUGUUCUUAAGUACGCACCCCACAAGGGAUUUUUUAACUCUGGUUGACAACUAGGAUUGAACGGGAUAUGAUUUGAUCCCAACAAAGGAAUUGCCAGGAUGGGGUUGCUUGGAAGCAAACAUCCACUGACAUCCAGUGAGAAACACACUUCUGGGAGCAACCCAAAAACCAAGAGUAAGCCUCCCCCCGCCCCACCCAAGGGCAGACAAUUUAUCAACAUCCCUCAUCUAAACCAAGCUUCUGUACAAGAUAACUUUGUUGUGGUUGCACUGUACGAUUUUCCUGCCUCAAGUGACCGAGACCUGCAGCUGGUCAAGGGAGAGAAACUCCAAGUCCUGUCCAAUGAGGGGGACUGGUGGCUGGCGAAAUCCCUCAGCAGCGGCAGGAAAGGCUACAUCCCCAGUAACUUUGUUGCACAAGUAGACAGUUUGGAAGAGGAAAAGUGGUAUUUUAAAACUCUGAGCAGAAAAGAUGCUGAAAGGCUGCUAUUGACUUCUGGUAACAAAGUUGGCUCUUUCCUUGUCCGGGAGAGUGAAACCAGCAAAGGUGCCUAUUCCUUGUCUGUGAGAGAUGGUGAUUCUGCUCACGGGGACAUCAUCAAACACUACAGGAUCCGCUCCUUAGAUGGUGGAGGGUAUUACAUUUCCCCCAGGAUGACUUUCUCUACCCUGCCAGAGCUAAUCCAUCAUUACAGCCAGAAAGGGGAUGGGCUGUGCCAGCGGCUCACAGCUCCCUGCAUAUCCCUGGUGCCCCAGAGACCCUGGGCACAGGAUGAAUGGGAAAUCCCACGGGAGUCUCUGAAGCUUGUGAAGAAACUUGGCAGUGGGCAGUUUGGGGAAGUGUGGAUGGGCUAUUACAAGAACAACAUCAAGGUUGCUGUGAAGACCAUGAAGGAAGGCAGCAUGGAUCCUGAUGCCUUCCUGGCAGAGGCAAACUUGAUGAAGAGGCUCCAGCAUAACAAACUGGUCCGGCUGUAUGCGGUAGUCACGAAGCAGCCAAUCUACAUUGUGACAGAGUUCAUGGCCAAUGGGUGCUUGCUGGAUUAUUUGAAGACAGAAGAAGGAAGCCAGCUGAAUCUCCCCAAACUCAUUGAUAUGUCUGCUCAGGUGGCAGAGGGAAUGGCAUAUAUUGAGCGAAUGAACUCCAUCCACCGUGACUUGAGAGCUGCCAACAUACUCGUCUCAGAGACGCUUUGCUGCAAAAUUGCUGAUUUUGGUCUAGCCAGGAUCAUUGAGAAUGAAUACUUGGCACAAGAAGGUGCCAAAUUCCCGAUCAAAUGGACAGCACCAGAGGCUAUUAACUUUGGAGUUUUCACUAUCAAAUCUGAUGUGUGGUCUUUUGGAAUCCUCCUGACAGAAAUCAUAACCUACGGCAGGAUUCCUUACCCAGGGAUGACCAACCCAGAGGUGAUUCGCAACCUGGAGCGGGGUUACCGCAUGCCCUGCCCAGACAUGUGCCCCACUGAACUCUACAACAUCAUUCUGAAAUGCUGGCGAAGCAAGCCCGAGGAGCGCCCGACCUUCGAGUACCUGCAGUCGGUCCUAGAGGACUUCUACACUGCCACGGAGAAGCAGUAUGAGCCAGAGCCUCAGCAGUAAGCCACAGUCCCGCCAGCAUCUAGGGACAGAUCUGGAGGGAAGUCACCAUCCUGCACAGUGAUGGCUUGUUUCAGGCCUUUCCCUUUCUCCCUUGUGCCACCACAAUGCAUUUGGAAAUGAGGAACAAGGAGGGACAUGAGGGAGGCUGCCAGGUCUGUGGUUAUCAUGGAGACUAAAGAAGUGACUGAAAGAUGGCACGGCUCCCUCCCCAUCCACCUUGGAGGUCUGUUCCCACUUUGCAGAUAUCACUUCUGCCACAAUGGACAGCAGACUCCUUCAUGACCUACCCAGAGAAAGAAAAGCCCUCAACCCUGAAACUGCAGGUGAAGAAAAAGGGGCCAUGUCCGGGCGGUGGUACUAUGGUUGCACAAUCUCCCCCGCUUCUGAUGUCACUGCCGGUGAUACUACAGCCCCCUUCAUGCCAAGGGCAAGGGUGGGAAUGCGUACUGUUUGCAGGUCCUUGGGCCACACAAGGUCCCCAAGUUCUGCAGCAACCUCUCCAAGUGACGCCACCUCUCUGCCCCAAACCAAUAAU